GAUAGUUUUGAAGUAUAGUGUUAACCAGUAGAUGUAUUGAAAGCCAAUUGUGUGAACAGAAUUUACAGAAUAAUGACAAAUGACUUAGAAAUUUUAAAUCCAAGGGAUGAAACUGCCACCAAGGCAAGUGUCAGUGAUGUGACGGCACGGGCUUUGUACGACUUUGAUGCACAACCAGGCACAGGAGAACUCAGUAUCAAGGAGGGAGAAAUCCUUUCAGUGUUACGGCAGGAUGUGGGGGAAGGAUGGUGGGAAGGAACCAAUUCUCAGGGACAAACUGGACUCUUCCCUGCAGCAUAUGUGGAGGAGGUGACAACUGCACCUCCUUCCAUGCCUCCACCACCAUUACCAACAGAGUAUGCAAACACAGGUGAAUGGGCAGACAAUUGGUCUAACGUAGGUGCUGGAACUGGAGGUGGAGGUGGAGGCGAAGGCGUAGGCUGGAAUGCAAACACAGCUUCUUCUAAUGUUGGUUACAGUGCAGAGACUCAAAAGAGACCUGUGUCGCAACAGAUGAGCUAUGAUAAUGAUGAUUGGGAUGAUGACUGGGAUGAUGAUGACUCGGAAACAGGCACCAGCAAUCUGAACGGCGCGGGCAACUUUGGUUUAUCAGCACCCAACCGCUCCGUAAAACCUACAAGCAGUGUCGGCGAUGUUAGUUCAGCAGGUCGUGAUGGCCGUGGAACUGUGAAGAAGAGCUUCAAUCGUUUCUCCAAUCUAGCAAAGAGUGGAGUAGAGGAUUUCCUUGUGGGGGCUGGAAAGGCAUCAGUGGAUGAGAAGGAAAAGGUAUUUGUAGACGAGACAGCAAACGGGCCACGGUGGAGACCAAAUCCCCAUGAAUUUACAUGUGCUAUUUCUUCACCCAAAAAAGAAUCCAAAUUCCAUGGAAUGAAAAGUUUCAUUGCCUACACAGUUAUGCCAUCAUUUUCUUCAACAUCAGUUUCAAGGAGGUACAAACAUUUUGACUGGAUACAAGCACGGCUGAGUGAGAAGUUCCCUCUCAUACCAAUACCUCCACUUCCAGAAAAACAGAUAUCAGGUCGAUUUGAGGAAGAUCUGAUUGAAUACAGAAUGACAAUGUUGCAGUCUUGGAUAGAUCGAAUUUGUCGUCACCCAGUAGUAGCCCAGUGUGAAGUAUUCCACCAUUUUGUUACAUGUCCAAAUGAUGAGAAAUUAUGGAAAACUGGCAAGCGAAAAGCUGAAAAUGACAAAUUAGUUGGAGCAAACUUCUACCUGGCCAUUGAGCGAUCAGAUCAACCUUUGGAUAUGAUCCAGACGGAAGCCAAAUUAGAAGGGUACACGCGCUUCUUCUCCAACAUGGAUGAGGCUGUGAAGUUAUUACAGAACACUUGCUUGGACCAAGCCAAAAAGCAUCAGACAGCUUAUAAGAGAGAAUAUAACAAGGUUUCACAUGCAUUCUCCAAGCUUAGUCGAGCAUUUGAUACAGACCCAUCCAACUGUGCACCAGGACUGACUGAAGCCAUCCAUCAUGUCAGUGAGGCUUAUGCAGAUAUAGGCACUGUAUUUGAAGAGGAACCAAAGCAUGACUGGGAUCCUCUGUGUAAUCUUCUGUUUGAGUACAAGGGUCUGAUAGAUGGAUUUCCAAGUGUCAUCUCGGUUACCAAGGGGGCAAUAGCAAAGAGGAGACAAGUGGAGAAGGAGGCUAGUGAAGGAAGAUUGGACUAUGACCAAGUUCCUCCCAUGAUUAAGCGCUCUGACACAGUUGCAUAUGCCCUUCAUGCAGAAGUAGCACAUUUCCAUGAUGAACGCACCAGGGACUUCAAGAAGGCUAUGACUUCCUUCCUAACUGAACAAAUCAACUUUUAUCAAAAGGUAACUGAUCGGCUACGGGAAGCAUUACAGAAAUUUAAUGAUGUAUAAGCUUGUGAUACAUUAAUAAUGUAUUUUAAUGUUUGUUUAGCAUGACUUGCUCACUGUAUGGAAAUCAAUUCAGGAUAUUGGAUUAGGAUGAGUUGCUGUUUUAAGUUCAUUAGAAAGCCAGUAAUAUUUAAUAGUUUAACAUUAUGAUAUGUAAGUGGUCAUAAAAUCUUUAAAGUCAGAUGAUGAGUAUAUUUGCAAAGAACACCUAAGAGACAGAAAUAAAAAAAAUGAAAUUGCUUACAUUUCUUUUAAGACUUCUAGCAUAUUAAUGGUGUAUUUAAUGCUCAGGAUUGUACAUGUUUGGUAGAGGUUGAUAGGGUUUCAAUAGAAAAACAUCAUACUUCCAAAUAGGGCUGUGUAAAUCCUUUUUGGUGCAAUUUCAUCAUGAGAGUAUUCCAAAAGGUUAUUACAAUGGAUGAUAAAUUAUUUAGUAAAUUAGCUAACUCUCAUAUUACCAAAAUGGACAAGCUACUGCUUAUAAUUUGGGUGGAGGCUUGGUAAAGAAUGGGCUGAGGCUAGAGCAUAGUAACACAAUCUGAGGAAGAGUUAACUCAUAAAGAAAUUAAUGCCAUUGAUAUCAUAAUUCAUAUUGGGGUUUUGGCAUUUUCUUGGGAACACUUCUGCCACUGCUGGCACUAAGGAAGGAUUGAUAAAUACAUUUAGACAUUUAGUGCCAAACAUCUUUAAUAGUAUACAGUACCUUUAUAGUAUGUUUGUCAUUGAGAAACAACACACAAUUCAGGGACAAGGACCAUAAAACUGUACUUGUACUGUAUAUAUAUAUGGACACACAUAUUAGAUAUAAAUAAUUACUAUGCACUACAAAGUGCCAAUGGUGACACAAGUUUUUUUUUUUUUUUUUUUUUUUUUGAGUUUAGGCCUUGAUAGCUACCUGAACUGGUGCUCCAGAUUUUGAAACACGUUACAAUAUUAUUGCCUAUUUGAUGUAAGAAUUUGGGUUUAGGAUGACACUGAAUACAUGAUGUCUUAGAAAUUCUAUAAACUGAGUAGCAAUAAGCUUUUAUUUCACUGUAAGUAACGUACAUAAGUUCCUGUAGAGAUUCUUGCUUCAUACCCUGUAUGAAUUGUUGGUAAUUGAUUUUGUCCACUAACACUGAAGCACUAAAUUCCAUGAUAUCAUAUGAAGUAAUGUUACUUGUACUCUAGGCAUUUAGAGCAAACAAUUUGCAUCCUCAGCUUGGAUUAUGGAAGAUAGGGCAUUAAACCAAAGACAUGUGUGAUAAUUUUUUUGUGGUCUCUUGCAUGGGGACUUGAUUGUUAUAUGAAAAAAGAUUUCUAGACAUAUGUAAACAAAUCUUAAAUAAUGGUUCAUAAAAAUCAGGAGAACAUAUUGUGAAUGCAAGGUUUUGAGGUGAGCAAUACAAGAACCUAUAUUUUGUUAUGCUCUUUGUAGCUUGUCCUGCUGCCAGUGAAUUCGGAAUCCAAACAUUUCUGGUGAUUCCAAACAUUGUUUUUAAUAUAUGUACAUACUUUUAUUUAGAUUAAGAGUAGAGUUUUCAAUAUUCUGUCAUUAUACCAUGUUCCAAGGCAACUGCCAGUAUUUUUCUUUUUUUGCAAGGAUUGUGAAAGUUGAAUGCCAAGUCUGAUAACAGGCUUGUUUAAACAAGAGUGAGUGCCUUAAUUCAUUGUCCUUUUAUAGCUCUUUUGUUGAAGUCAUAAUAGCCUCGCUGCUAUAAAGCCAACUUGUAAUAUUUCUGCUGUAUGGAGAAUGUUGCAUCCUCUGAUGAUAAAUCCAUUCUGGUAUGUGAGACUGAAUAAUGUAUAAAAAGAUGAGCUUAACUACAGGCUCAUUUUUCAUAGUAGCAGCUGGAAAUAUUACAUUUGGUUAUUUACCAAAGUUACAGUGUCCUUUAUGAAUUUGUCAUUUCAAGAUGUUUUAUCAUUUCUGGAUGUAGCAGCUACUAUUUAUAUGAUUGUAUAGAAUACUACAAGAUCAGAGAUGAUUAGUCAUUAUUGGUACCAUUUUCCUAGUGCUGAUAACCUGUGGAAUGAAAGCAAGCUAGAAGAGAUAAAAUGUGCAAAUGCUUUGCUUGAAAAUUUUCUGAGUCCAGAUUUCAUUCAUGUCAUUUUUUUCAUGCAGUUGUUUCUACCCAUUCAUGUCCUGGAAUAGAUUAAUUUUACAUUUCAUUUGAUUUUUGAAGUUUUGUUCCGUAUUAGUACAUGAGAAAAUGGCCUUUUUCUGUUUUAUUGUAGUUACUGACUUUAAUAUCCAAUAGUUAUUACUACUGCCGUCUUUCAUUUUUUAAUAGAUAUCUUGGGGUGAAAAUAAGAAUGAAUUUAUUUUCAAAAAGAUCAUAUUAUAUUGAUUGCACAUUAGUGAUAUUGAAACUAUUACUUAAUAUGUUUACUUACUGACAUUGGAUACAGUAGUGAUCCUUUAGUUAAGAAAAUACCUGACUGAAAAUAUAACUUGCAAUAAAGGGGAACAUCAUUCAAAUGAAUUGUUGCAAAUGCUUUGCAAGGAGAACUAUUUUUAGAUUUUUUUCAAGUCCUAGUCUAGUUUGUGCUAUAGUUCUUAUUUCCUAAGUAAUAUUCUAUGUUAUUAUAUCAUAUGACACUUGCACACAUCACACUGAAGCACGCUGACAUGGAAUACUUACCUACGGCACCUGUGUGUUAAGUAAUUAACAUAUGGAUAAUUAUUUGGUUGUAAAAAGGGUAUAGCGCGUGUGUUUGGGUGGUUGAUCUGUGAAGAGGUCUUGUUCUUCAGCCCACUUUCUUAUAGUCUGUACAUAAAUAGAUAUAUUUGUGAAACAUCAGUUUUAUAGACAUAUGUUAUAUUUUUGAAUUUUGUAAUGAUUUACACCAUCUGCCACUUGCUCAUUAUUGUAGCUAAAACUGCAUUGUGUCUUUUUAACAAUAGGCAUCUUCUUUCUGGAGGCUGGAGACUUUCUCUUUACUUUUGAGCUGUUACUUAUAUUCAAAGAUUGCAUGGUAUGGAUGUCUGUUGUCUAGGCUGCAGUAUUGGAUGCUAUACCAUCAGCUUGUUUUUUCAUAAUUGAUUUAGCAGUAAAUGUGUAUAAUGUAUAAUAAUAUAUUUUGGUGUACAUAAUGUAAGUGUACUAUAGGAGUGGUGCAUAGUAAGUCUACCAACCUAUUCACAUAUACAUAUUGAUAUAUAUAGAUAUAUAUUUAUGCGUGUAGACUUACAGAUUUUUUUUACGGCCUAUUCAAAUUUGUUCUUAAAAUUCUGUGAUGCAAAGAGAAAAUUGUUAUGAUUGUGCUACAUAAGUCCUAGCACAAAUAAAUAAAUACCUGUUAUGCAGCUUCCAGUUCAUGGGGGAAAAUUACAAAAAAUCUAACAUUUGCAAACCCUUCUUAUUCUUGCAGGUCAUUGUGCAACUCAGUACAGUCAUGUGUGAGUGUAGAUUGACAGAUUAUUAUUAUUUUUUUUUUUUCUUCAUUGAUUUUUUUUUUACUAUAGAAAACUUGACACUUUAUCUGGUUGUAUACGUUUGCUUUAUAAUCUUGACGGUUUCAGUUGUGGUGAUAUGUGACUGAAUAUUUAUUUUCAGGUUUUAUCAGCAUGCCUUAUUUAAAGUAAUAUGUUAUAAGAUUGCAAAUGUUUAUAUUGAAUAUAUGAUAGUCUCUUCUUAUGUGAAUAUAUGUAAUAAAAUAUUGUCAUAAUAUUUUG